AUGAAUUUUGAAUUUGAGAGGGAGAUUGGGUUUAUAAACAGCCAGCCAUCGCUCGCCGAGUGUCUGACUUCCUUUCCCGCUGUCUUGGAGACAUUUCAAACUUCAUCAAUCAAGGAGUCGACAUUAAUUCCUCCUCCUCCUCCUUUGGAGCAAACCUUCCCCAGCCUCCAGCUCGGCGCCUCCACCCUUCAGAGACCCGGGAGCCAAAAGCGAGCCGAAGAUGGGCCCGCUCCGCCGCCGCCGCCGCUCCCCGCCGCCCCCCUGGCCCCCGAGUUCCCCUGGAUGAAAGAGAAGAAAUCCGCCAAGAAACCCAGCCAGUCCGCCACGUCUCCUCCGGCCGCCUCCUCGGCCCCAGCCUCCGGGGUCGGCUCGCCCACAGCAGAGGGCCCGGGGCUGGCGGAGGCGGCCGGCGGCGGGGCGCGCAGGCUGCGCACGGCGUACACCAACACGCAGCUGCUGGAGCUGGAGAAGGAGUUCCACUUCAACAAGUACCUGUGCCGGCCGCGCCGCGUCGAGAUCGCGGCCUUGCUGGACCUCACCGAGCGGCAGGUCAAAGUCUGGUUCCAGAACCGGCGCAUGAAGCACAAGCGGCAGACGCAGCACCGAGAGCCGCCCGACGGGGAGCCGGCCUGCCCGGGCUCUCUGGAGGACACCGGCGAGCCCGCCCCGGAACCCGGGGCCAGCCCCGGCCGCCUCUCCGCCUCGCGGGCGGCGGCGCGGGAAGCCUGCUCUCACCCGUCCGAGGUCGCCCCAGGCCCCCCGGGCGCUCCGGGCGCUCCGGGCGCCCCGCCUUUGACCUCUCGCCCGGAGGGCGCGGGGACGCCGAGCCCCGGCUGCGCCCUGCGCGGGCCCCGCGGGCUGGAACCCGAGCUGUGGCCCGAGGAGGCCUUCCCUGAGCGGCAGGAUUCGCCUUUCCUGCCCGACCUCAACUUCCUCGCGGCCGACUCCUGUCUCCAGCUGUCCGGCGGCCUCUCCCCCAGCCUGCAGGGCUCGCUCGGCAGCCCUGUUCCCUUUUCCGACGAAGACCUGGACUUCUUCACCAGCACCCUCUGUGCCAUCGACCUGCAGUUCCCCUAACCGUCUCCUCCUCCCGGCCUUUCUGCCCCCCACCCCGGCCUCCCAGGAGCCCCCAGCCCCCAAGUGGUUUAGACUUCUUUGUGUAUUUUGCUAAAAUUCAGGUAUUAUUGAAUUAGCGUUUAAUCCACUUCCUUUCUUCUCUCUCUAAAAUAUUGGCUACUCGGGUGUCUUUUUGAAACCACAGAAAAACUCCGUUCGGUAGACUCCUUCCAACGAAAUCUCAGGAAUAAUGACACUGUAGGGGGGACUAGGGGGGGCUUUUUAAGUUUUAGACCGUAGAUUAUUUAUUAAAACUCUUUAAUAAUAGGAAAAGGGGAAAGUAUUUAUUGUACAUUAUUUUCAUAGAUUAAAUAAAUGUCUUUAUUAUA